AUGGAUAUGUUUUGCUUUUUACUAAAAAAGAAAAAAGGUUUCUUUAUUCAUUCUCUGUUUCACUUUUGUCAGCCAUCUUCAUUUAGUAAACAACCGAUUCUUGUUUCUUACACGGACGAACAGACUCUCUCUCUCUCUCUCUCUCUCUCUCUCUCUCUCUCUCUCUCUCUCUCUCUCUGUCUUCUGGUGACCUGCCUAUCUAUCUAUCUCUCUCUCUCUCUCUUUCUCUCUUUCCCUCUUUCUUUCUUUCUGUCUUUGGAGAGCAACUUCUUACCUUUUUUUUUCCUGUCGAUAAAAUUUCUUUUUUUCUUUCUUUCAUUUUAUUUCUUCCAUUCCAUUGAUGGCUUACUUUCUUUCUUUCAUUUAAUUUUAAAGGCACUUUUCUUUUUUUUUUCUUGUUAUUUUUACCUCUGUCUUUUCUUUUUUUUUUUUUCAUUGGGUCUUAUUUGUUCCUUCUUCUUUUUUCAUUCUUCCGUUUUUUCUGUUUUUCGACUUCUUUUUUUGGCAUCUGUGUUACAUUCUUUUUGCAUAUUUUCUUUCUUUAUUUCCUUCUGUCUUUCUUUUCUUUCAUUCAUUCAUUCUUUCUUCUUUUUUUCUUUCAUUCUUUUUUUCAUUCUUUUUCAUUCUUUCAUUCUUUUUUCUUUCUUUCUUCUUUUCAUUCAUUCUUUUCUUUCUUUCUCUUUUUCUUUUUUCUUUUUUUUUCAUUCUUUCUUUCAUUCUUUCUUAUUUUUUUCAUCUUCCUUUCUUUUCUGCGUCUUCUUUUCUUUCUUUCUUUCUUUCAUUCCAUUCAUUCUUUCUUUCCUUCUUUUUUUUAUUCUUUCUUUUCAUUCUUUCAUUCUUUCUUUAUUUUUUUCUUUUUCUUUUCUUCUUUCUUUUCAUUCUUCUUUUAUUUCUUUUCUUCCUUCUUUCUUUCUUUUUCUUCUUUUUCUUUUUUCUUCAUUCUCUUUCUGCUUUUCUUGUUUACUUUUCUUUUUUCAUCUUUUCUUUCUUUCUUUCUUUCUUUUUCUUUCUUUCUUUCUUUCUUUCAUUCAUUCUUUUCUUUCUUUUUUUUUUUUCUUUCUUUCGUUCUUUCUUUUUCUUUUAUUUCAUUCUUCCUUUCUUUCCUUUUUAUCUUUCUUUUCUUUCUUUCUGCCAGCAUUGUGUUACAUUCAAAUUUCUUUUCUUUCUUUCUUCUUUCCUUUUUCUUUCUUUCAUUCAUUUUCUUUUUCUUUCUUUCUUUCUUUCUUUCUUUCUUUCAUUCUUUUCAUUCUUUCAUUCUUUCUUUUCUUUCUUUCUUUCUUUUUCUUUCUUUCUUUCAUUCAUUCUUUCUUUUCUUUCAUUCUUUCAUUCUUUUCUUUCUUUUCAUUCUUUCUUUCAUUUCUUUCUUUCUUUCUUUUCUUUCAUUCUUUUCUUUCAUUUUCAUUCUUUCUUUUCUUUCUUUUCUUUCUUUCUCAUUCAUUCUUUCUUUCUUUCUUUCUUCAUUUUCUUUCAUUCUUUCUUUCUUUCUUUUCUUUCUUUCUUUCAUUUUUCUUUCUUUUUCUUUCUUUUCAUUCUUUCUUUUCUUUCUUUCAUUCUUUUCAUUCUUUCUUUCAUUCUUUCUUUCUUUCUUUCUUUCUUUCUUUCUUUCUUUCAUUCUUUCUUUCAUUCUUUCUUUCUUUAUUUUUUUUUUCUUUCUUUCGUUCUUUCUUUCUUUUAUUUCAUUCUUCCUUGCUUUCCUUUAUGGGCUUUACUUUUUACUUCUCCUUUCUGCCAGCAUCUGUGUUACAUUCUUUUUGCAUCUUUUCUUUCUUUCUUUCUUUCCUUCUUUCUUUCUUUCUUUCAUUCAUUCUUUCUUUCUUUCUUUCUUUCUUUCUUUCUUUCAUUCUUUCUUUCUUUCUUUCAUUCUUUCAUUCUUUCUUUCUUUCUUUCUUUCUUUCUUUCUUUCUUUCUUUCUUUCUUUCUUUCUUUCUUUCAUUCUUUCUCUCUUUCUUUCUUUCAUUCUUUCUUUCUUUCAUUCUUUCUUUCAUUCUUUCUUUCUUUCAUUCUUUCUUUCAUUCUUUCUUUCUUUCUUUCAUUCUUUCUUUCUUUCUUUCUUUCUUUCUUUCUUUCUUUCUUUCUUUCUUUCUUUCUUUCUUUCAUUCUUUCAUUCUUUCUUUCUUUCUUUCAUUCUUUCUUUCUUUCUUUCUUUCUUUCAUUCUUUCUUUCUUUCUUUCUUUCUUUUUCUUUUCUUUCUUUCUUUCUUUCUUUCUUUCUUUCUUUCUUUCAUUCUUUCUUUCUUUCUUUCUUUUUUCUUUCUUAAAUUUUUCUUUUUCUUUCUUCCUUUCUUUCUUACAUUUUUACUUCUUUCUUUCUUUUUUCUUUCUUUCUUUAGUUCUUACAUUUUUACUUCUUUCUUUCUUUUUUCUUUCUUUCUUUAGUUCUUACAUUUUUACUUCUUUCUUUCUUUUUUUUCUUUUUUCUUUAGAAAGGAAAAAUAUUAUCUAUAUAUACAUUAACCUGCUUAUAUCUAUCUAUCUAUCUAUCUAUCUAUCUAUCUAUCUAUCUAUCUAUAUCUAUCUCAUCUGUUCAUAUCUAUCUAUCUACCUAUCUAUCUAUCUAUCUAUCUAUCUAUCUAUCUAUCUUUCUAAGUCUGUUCAUAACCGUCUAUCUAUCUAUCUAUCUAUCUAUCUAAGUCUGUUCAUAACCGUCUAUCUAUCUAUCUAUCUAUCUAUCUAUCUAAGUCUGUUCAUAACCGUCUAUCUAUCUAUCUAUCUAUCUAUCUAUCUAUCUAUCUAUCUAUCUAUCUCUGAAUUGGCCUGUUCAUAUCUCUCGAUUCACGGUUAUUUGUCUAUCAGUUCUUUAUCCAUGCCUACCUGUAUCGAUCUCUUGUUGUUUUCUUUCUUUCUUCUUCGCUCUACGUUCCUCUUCCUUAAUACCAUUUUCUUCAGUUCCAGCUAUUACCUGCUGUCUUACCUCCCAGUCUUUUACCCUUCCUAUGUGCUUCUUUCUCUCUUUCCUCCGUCAUAUUUGAAUCUUUCUGUGCGCAUGCGUGUCUUGGAUUCCUCUCUUUCAAUAAAUUCCUCUUCUGUCUCUCUCUAUCCAAACAUUUCCUUUCAUGUUACACUUGCCAUCAAACGUCCAUUCUUCGAGUCAUCUCAUCGUCCAUUUUCUAUCAUCCUCUUUACAUCCGGCAAUGACCACUGUCUUCCCAGAAAUGUAUUACUGCCCCUUACACCCUUUCUUCCUUCUUUGUUUCUUUCCUUCUUUCUUUCUUUCUUUCUUUCCUUCUUUCUUUCUUUCUUUCCUUCUUUCUUUCUUUCCUUCUUUCUUUCUUUCCUUCUUUCUUUCUUACUUUCCUUCUUUCUUUCUUUCCUUCUUUCUUUCUUUCCUUCUUUCUUUCUUACUUUCCUUCUUUCUUUCAUUCCUUCUUUCUUUCUUUUCCUUCUUUCUUUACUUUCCUUCUUUUCUUUUAUUUUCUUUCUUUCUUACUUUCCUUCUUUCUUUGAUUCUUUCUUUCUUUUUUUUUUCACUUUCCUUCUUUCUUUUUUUCUUUUCUUUUAUUUCUUUCUUUCUGUCUUUCCAUUUUGUUUUUGUUCUUUCUUUCGUUCUUUAGUGCUUCGUUCGUUAUUUGUUUCGUUCGAUCUUUCAUUGAUUCUUUCUUUCUUUCAUUCAUUCUUUCUUUUUUCUUUCUUUAUUUAUUUCUUUCAUUCUUUCUUUCUUUCUUUUGGUUUUAUCAUUUUUUUCGUUUGUUCUUUCUUUCGUUCGUUCUUUCUUUCUUUUUACAUUCCUUUCGUUCGUUCUUGCUUUCUUUCUUUCGUUCUUUCUGUCGUUCGUUAUUUCUUUCUUUCGUUCUUUUUUUUUCUCUUCUGA